AUGGCGGCGAAAGACUUGCGCACCGUGUUUAUAAGAGGAGUCAGUUUCGACGCAAACGAGAAAGAUCUCGAAGCGCUUUUUUCUGAUGUCGGGCCGGUGAAGCAAUGUUUCCUCGUCCGGGUGAAGGGCCAGCCGAAGCAUCGCGGCUUCGGCUUCGUCCAGUACUCCUUGCCGGAAGACGCCGAGCGCGCUGUCACAGAAUACAAUGGAAAGAGCUUGAAGGGAAGAAAGCUUCAGGUCGAGCUUGCUGAUAAGCGUGCGCCGUUGGAGGAACGCAAAAAGAAGCGAAAGCUUGGUCAGGAUUGCGGCGACGAUGGGGGAAAUGUCGCCCCCGGUGCCGCCGCCGGCGGCUCAGCGCCUCAUCCGGCACUUCCUGGCGCGACAUAUCCCGCUGCUGAAGCCUCUACCGCUGAAAAGAAACCCAGAGGCAAGGACCCGGCGUCAGCGGCGGCGGACGUCGGGCAGCCCGACGGCGGCGCGGUGCCGGUAACCGCAGCGGCGACGCAGCCGCCCCGGAAGCGGCAGCGCGCUGACGGCGCCGCUGCCGCCGCCGCUACCGCCGCGUCAGCGGCUGAAAAGCACAAAUUUCUACGGGCGGUUGCUGUGGGCAACUUGACGCCGCAGUCCAUACCUCAGGCCAUAGCGCUAGCUCGACGGGUGGCGCCCGUGGAGUCUGUUAUGAACCCAGCGCCCGCGGACAUCGUACAGCAAGCGAAGCUGGAGGGUGAUGGCUGUAGCGGCAGUGUCGUCAUUGUCGUGUAUAAGACGGUAAAGGACGCCAUGCAUGCGGUCACUCAGCUUCACAACAAAACCCUGGAGCUACGGAACGGGGCUGGUGGCGGCGGAGGCGGAGGCGGAGGGAAAAAAGGGUCGCAGAAGGGCCGCAAGGGGCAGCAGCAGCAGGUCGAGGAGGACGGGGACGGCGACGGUGGAGACCAACAACAACAGCAGCAGCAGCAGCGCCUCACCACACUCUGGGCCCGCGGGGUGAAGGGCGAGGGGGCUCACGUGAAGCAGUGGAGAGUCAUCGUAAGGAACCUGCCCUUCAAGGCGACUGAGGCGGCUCUGCUGGAGGCGCUGACACCCGCGGGCUUCGUUUGGGAGCUCAGGUUGCCCAGGGGUCCGGAUGGCCGUCUGAAGGGUUUCGCCUUCGCUGCCUUCACGAUUUUAUGGGCCGCAUGGUGGUGGUUGACUGGGCGGUGUCCAAGACUCAAUACCUCCAGGCCGGAGGGAAGAAGACGGAGGAGGAGGAGGGCGGUGGCGGUGCUGGUGCUGGUGCUGGUGCUGGCGGCGAUCGCGGCGAUGUUGAAUCCGAAGAUCCAGAUCGGCCUACAUCCGCUCCGACGCUGUACGCGCUCUGACCGUGUUCUGAGGCCCCGUAUGUAUGUACGUUUGUGUGCAUGUAUGUACGGUGUUUCGUGGAUCUAUGUGUCGUACGCAGGAUCGGAGGACCCGGGCGACGAGGAGGGGGAAGGGGAGGGGGAGGAGGGCCAGGAGGUCGAAGAGGAGGACGGUGGCGUGGAUGGUGAGGAGGACGAGGACGAGGAGGAUGAGGAGGAAGAGAUUGGGUUUAGCAGCGAUGACGAUGACGAUGACGAGGUAGAUGAUGAUGAUGAUGAUGAUGAUGAUGACGGGGAAGCGGAAGCGGAAGUGCGGGACAGUGAGGAGGAGGAAGAGGACGACGAAGAUGAGGGCGAAGAGGAGGAGGAAGAGGAGGAAGAGGUGUUGGACGAGGAAGAGCUGGCGGCCAGCCAGGAGCGUGGCAUGAUCAGCAAUGUACAGCGUGCCGUACGGGACGAGCACGAGGAUGGGCAGCAACAGCAGCAGCAGGGCAUGCAACAAGGGGCCGCAGCCGACCAAAUGAACAACCGAAUCAAGGGCCGAAAAGACACGGCCCCCGCCAACGCCGCGGCCACAUCUGGUAAGGGUACUGCUGCUGCUGCUGCUGCGCCGCAAAGGGAGGAGCAAGAGCGGCCUCCGAAACGUCAAACGUGGCAAGGAGAGGAGGCGGAGGACCCAGACGCCGAUGACGGCGAAGCACGGCCCACGACGGGUCCAUCCAAGGCUUCCGCGUCGUCCCUCAGUACGACAGUAUUCGUACGGGGUUUACCCUUGGACGCCACCAAAGAGCAACUGCAGGCGCGUCUGGAACUUUUUGGACCUGUCAAGGCCUGCAGGUUGGUUAUGGAUAAGGCCUCCGGUAAGCCCAAGGGUACGGCAUUCGUGGAGUUCCGGGAGGAGGAGGCGGCGGGCAGGGCGGCGGCAGCUUGCUCUCGCGGCCGUCGCAACGAGGGACCUGGCAUUACGUUGUCAGGUCGACAGUUGGAUGUUGAUCUGGCGGUUAGCGGGGAGGAUGCCAGGAAGAUAGCGACUGACCGAGUGGCCUCUAAGGCCGCUUCUAAGGACCGUCGUAACCUCUACCUGGCCAAGGAGGGGCACAUUACGGAGGGCUCCCCCGCCUGGAACGGCAUGGCCAGGCGCAAGCGAGCCGCGGAGGAGAAAAACACGAAACUCCGGUCGCCCAAUUUCGUCAUCAGUCGUACACGUCUGUCAGUGCGAAACAUCCCGCCAAACUGGACGGAAGGGCAGCUGAGGAAGAUGUUUGCGGAGGCUGUACGACAGAGGGCCACGAAGGAGAAUCCGCGUGUCGUACAGGUGCCGUUCACGGGGCCGAUUGCUAACACUGUGGGAUGCCUGUUGGAGUUUGGGGGGGAAGGUCUUGGGUUUUUGCUAGACAUAAAGAAAAAGGCGAACGGGGUAUGCAGUGCUCCGUGGAAGGAGGAGUGUGUUUUUCGCGUGAAGGCCAAGAUUCUACGGGAGCAGGACAGGUACGACGCCUCCGGCGCCCGUAAAUCGAAGGGUUUGGGUUUUGUUGAGUUUGAGAGCCACGACCACGCCCUCGCGGCUCUCCGUCAGCUGAACAACAACCCAGGGACUCCGUGGGGCCGGGAGCGGAGACCCAUCGUGGAGUUUGCAAUCGACAACGUUAAGGUUCUCAAGAAGAUCGAGCACUUGAGGGAAAAGACCAAGGCCCGGCAGCAGCAGCAGCAGGGGCAGCAGGAGAACGGAGACAUGGCCAACGGCGGCGGCGGAAGAAGCGACAGAAGCGGCAGCAGAGGAAAAAAGGGUCUCGAAGGAAAGGGGGCGCCGGCUCGUGCCGGGGUGGUGGAGGAGGAGGAGGAGGGGGGGGCGGAUACACAGCCGACGGUAGCGGCGGACAAGAAGGGCAAGAAGGGCAAGAAGGCAAAGACUACGGGGGCGGCCAGAGGGGAGGAGGAGGAAGCGGAGGAGGAGGCGGACGCUGACGGCGGCGCGGGUGGGGACGGUACGGCACUAUCGCAGCGGCAGCGGAAACGCCAGCGGCAGAAGGAGCGCGUGGAGCGCAAGAAGGCGCUGCUCAAGGAGGGCGGCGUGCAGGCGCUCGUGGAGGCGGUGGAGGUGGACCGGAAACAGCGCCAGCAGGCGGGUGAUGGGUGGGCGUAUGGUGGUGGUGCUGCUGUCGGAGGAGGUGGAGGGAAAGGCCAGACUGCCAAAGGGAGCCAGCCCAGGAAAGUGACCCCGUCCCAGCAGCAGCAGCAGCAGCGGCACCAACCGCAGCAGCGGAAGCGGAAGGCUGAAGAAGAGGAUCUCGAUCGCAUCGCGCGAGAAGGCCUGGCGGCGGAGGCGGCGGCGCGAGGGGGUGAUGCCGCCGCCAAGCGCCGGCGACGUGGUGGCAAGGUCGCGGGUGAGGAGGGCGAGGGCGGCGGCGACCGCUUAGAUCGCUUGGUGGAACAAUACCGCGCAAAGCUGUCGGGCGAGCGGCCCAAGACGAAAAUUUCAGAUUCAAAUUCAAAUGCCUCGAAAGCGGGCGGCAGAGGAGGCGGUAGGGGGGGAAAAAAAGGCGGCCCCAAAGGCAGCGGCAAAGGCGACACGGCAAAGGCGGCAAAGGGUUCCGGAGCCAAGGCCGGCGGUGGCAGGGGCGAUGGGAGCUCUGGAAAUGUGGCCGCGUUGGUUGCGGGAGCGGCGUCUGGGGGCCUGCGCCGCUGGUUCGAUGGGUAA